UAAAACCAGAGCCCACAUUCUCUGCUGGCUAAAAACAAAGGAUUAACCCCACGGAGUUCUCCACGUAGUUCCAGUUUAAGAAUGCCCAAUGUUGCGGAGAUAAACGCUUUCAGACCUAAACAUCGGAUUAUACGAGCUCAGCGUGCAGAUCGGAGGACUUUUUUUUGGUAGGUUCAUGUGAUUGAUUCAACACAUAGGUUGCUUCAAGCCGAGUCCCGACGUCACGCUCUUAUUUUUUAGGGUAGCCUAGCCUACUUGUUUGUAGUAGAGGUUCACAUACUUUGUUUGUUUAUUCUUCAGUUUUUACAAAGAAUUUCUCUCAAUGCCACCAUGAGAAAGAGAAAGAAGUAUGAUUUAACAUUUAAGCUGACAGUUGCCAAAUUUGCCGAAGAAAGUUCUGGAGAAGCAGCAGCAAAACAUUUCUCGGUCGAUCCAAAGAGGGUGCGAGAGUGGCGUAAAAACGAAGCCGAACUCCAGCGCCUGGCCAAGGAGGACUGCACAAGAUCCAGACUUCCAGGUGGGGGGAGGAAGAAAGCUAUCUCAGAGCUGCAGGUGGGCGUUGAGGGGAUCCACAGCAUGCAGGCAAAGCAUCUCAAAGUCUCACGUAAAAGGGUGAGGGUCAAGGCAGAAUGUGAUCCUAUCAGUACCGCGAAGGGGAGACAGAGGAAUAGGUAUAAUCUGGCAUUUAAGCUGAGAGUUUUGAAAUUUGCCGAAGAGCACUCGGGAGAAGCAACGGCGAGACAUUUUUCAGUUGAUCCAAGAAGCAUACGACUAUGGCGUAAAAACAAAGCUGAACUGCAAAGCCUGGCCAAAGAAGACUGCAACAGAGCCAGGCUGCGAGGUGGGGGGAGGAAGAGAGCCAUAGAAGAGGUGGGCGUGUGCGAGUGGAUUGACGGAAUGCAGGCAACGCAUCUCAAAGUCUCACGUGAAAGGAUCAGGUCCAAGGCUAAAUGUGAUUCUCUCUCUGCCACCAUGGGCACAAAGAGAAAGAGGUAUGAUCUGACUUUUAAGAUGGGUGUUGUCAAAUUUGCAGAAGAAAAUCCGGCAGAAGCAGCGGCAAGACAUUUCUCGGUUCACCCAAAGUUGGUGCGAGAUUGGCGUAGAGAGAAAGCUGAACUCAAGCGCCGGGCCGAAGAAGACUGCAAAAGAUCCCGACUUCCAGGUGCGGGGAGGAAGCAGGCCCGUGAGGAGCUGGAGGAGAGCGUGUGCGACUGGAUGGAUGGAAUGCAGGCAAAGCAUCUCGAAGUCUCACGUAAAAGGGUCAGGUCCAAGGCUAAACGUGACUCUCUCACUACCACCAUGGGGACAAAAAGAAAGAAGUAUGAUCUGACUUUUAAACUGACAGUUUUGAAAUUUGCCGAAGAAAAUCCGGGAAAAGCAGCAGCAAGACAUUUCUCUCUUGAUCCAAAGAGGGUGCGCGACUGGCGUAAAAACAAAGCGGAACUGCAGCGCCUGUCCAAGAUAGACGGCAAAAGAUCCCGACUGCCAGGUGCAGGGAGGAAGAAGGUCGACGCAGAGCCGCAGGGUCUGAUGGUGCUGCCCCCAGAUCAACCAGCGUACAAAACGGGCGACUUGCAUUUAGACCGGCGCGCCGCCUCUCUAAAUUUGGGUCAGAACGAGCCUUCAGAGCCUGAAUGGACAACUAGACAAGCAGCAUCCACACCUCCGGAGGUCUACGAGUCUGCUGACGAGAGACCAAUGAUGAAGUCUGAAGACUUUGCUGGAAACAUGGAGCCUUCAGAGCCUGAAUGGACGACUAGACAACAGACAGAGAGCACAUCAGUGAUGGAGGAAACGGCAUCCACACCUCCGGAGGUUGAUCUACUGAACAUGAUGGUGAAAGUGGAAGAUAUGAAAGAGGAGGAGUAUGGCCAUAUGAUUGCAGGUCCAGAUGAAGAAGAAAAGCCGUUUGCAGAGCUUCCCUGUAAAACUGAAACAGAUGUCACAGAGUCCAACGUUAGUGGCAGUGAAACGCAACAGACAAUAGCAGAGAUUGAAGUGAAGAUUGAAGAAGAUGAUGAACAAGAACACAAUUAUCUGCUGCAAAGUGUACAACACUCAAAACAGAAGAUCCAUGGACAGAAUGAUGAACUGCAACUCGGGGGAAGGCUGCACCACUGCACAGUCUGCAGGAAGAGUUUCACAGCCCUGACAGAACUCGAGAAACACCAGCGAACACAUUCUCUUGAUGUUAAUCAAAGACAGAGUAGUGGCAAAAAGCAACAUAUAUGUGCCCAGUGUGGAAAGGCAUUUUUGCAAAUUGCACAUCUUAGAAUCCACAUGCGCAUACACACUGGAGAGAAGCCUCAUCAAUGUGACCAGUGUGGAAGAGCUUUUUCAAGAAGUUCAUACCUUAAAAGACAUCUUUUAACUCACACCAGAGAGAAGCCUCAUAUAUGUGCCCAGUGUGGGAAGGCAUUUUUGCAAAUUGCACAUCUUAGAAUCCACAUGCGCAUACACACUGGAGAGAAGCCUCAUCAAUGUGACCAGUGUGGAAGAGCUUUUUCAACAAGUUCAUACCUUAAAAGACAUCUUUUAACUCACACCAGAGAGAAGCCUCAUAUAUGUGCCCAGUGUGGAAAGGCAUUUUUGCAAAUUGCACAUCUUAGAACCCACAUGCGCAUACACACUGGAGAGAAGCCUCAUCAAUGUGACCAGUGUGGAAGAGCUUUUUCAAGAAGUUCACAUCUUAAAAGACAUCUUUUAACUCACACCAGAGAGAAGCCUCAUAUAUGUGCCCAGUGUGGGAAAGCCUUUUCCCAAAUUGCUCACGUUAAAAUCCACAUGUUCACUCACACUGAUGAGAGGCUUCACAAAUGUACCCAGUGUGGAAAAGCUUUUGCACACACGGUGUAUCUUAAAGCCCAUAUGUUAAUACACAUACAAGAUGGGGAGAGGCCUCAUAAGUGUGCCCAGUGUGGAAAAGGUUUUACACAAAGUACAGCUCUUAAAAGACACAUGCUCAUGCAUACUGGAGAGAAGCCUCAUAAAUGUGGCCAGUGUGGAAAAGCUUUUGCACACCCCUCAAUCCUUAAAAAACACAUGCGUAUACAUACUGGAGAGAAGCCUCAUAAAUGUGUCCAGUGUGGAAAAGCUUUUAUACAAAAUUCACAACUUAAAACCCAUAUGGUCAUACACACUGGAGAGAAACCUCACAAAUGUGACCAGUGUGGAAAAGCUUUUACAAAAUCAUCAGCUUGUAAAACGCACAUGCUUAUACAUACUGGAGAGAAGCCUCAUAGAUGUGACCAGUGUGGAAAAGCUUUUAAACAAAUGUCAGAGCUUAAAAACCACAGACUAAUACACACUGGAGAGAAACCUCAUAAAUGUGUCCAGUGAGGAAAAGCUUUUACAAAAUCAUCAGCUUGUAAAACGCACAUGCUUAUACAUACUGGAGAGAAGCCUCAUAGAUGUGACCAGUGUGGAAAAGCUUUUAAACAAAUGUCGGAGCUUAAAAACCACAGACUAAUACACUCUGGAGAGAAAAUACAUAAAUGUGUCCAGUGUGGAAACGUUUUUUCACACAUUUCUACUCUUAGACACCACAUGCUUACUCACACUGGAGAGAAGCCUCAUGUAUGUGUCUAGUGUGGAAAAGCAUUUAGACUAAGUUCAACUCUUCAAGUCCACAUGCUAGUACACAGGAGAGUAGCCUCAUAAAUGUAUCCAGUGCGGAAAAGAUUUUGCACAAAUUAUGGUUUUGAACACAAUUGUUAAGUUUGAAAUAUUCCCUGGAUCCACACAAACAAGGCAAGAAAUGAUUAACAGAGAACAAUAUCAACAUUUUAAAGUGGCCCAGUCAAGAGUCCUCAGAUCUGAAUCCUUCAGAACAGGGAGUACAAGGCCAGAGUGAUGGCACAGAACCGUUCCUACCUCGAGAUCUAGAUGGCACAGAACCGUUCCUACCUCGAGAUCUAGAUGGCACAGAACCGUUCCUACCUCGAGAUCUAGAUGGCACAGAACCGUUCCUACCUGGAGAUCUAGAUGCUGCUAGAAAUCAUCAUGUGUUCAUCAUCAUCAUGUGUUGUGAUGGUAAAAAAAAACAAGUGAU